AUGUCCUCGUCGUCUGUUGCCCGUAGCUCCCUCUUGAGUGUGGACAUAUUGCCCAUCAUUCAAGCCUUCCAAUGCGGCCUAUACGAGGAUUUAUUACCAAGCCACCGCACGUGGAACCAAACGCGCACUCGGUUCGACUCGAAACGACAACAAACUAUGUGCCAAGCCCCACAGGAAAGCACGGAACUGGCUGUGGACGAAUACUUUGUCGAUGACGUCACCGACAGAUCGUUUCCACUGCAUCAUGCGAUUGUACACGGCUCGCUGUCGCUGGUUCAACGGUGGAUUCAAUGCCGCGGACGAGAGAUCGUGACACGGUACGCCAUGGAUUGCGCCGCGGCUCACGGCCAAAUGGCAAUCCUCCAGUGGCUGCAUCACCGCAACUUCAGCGGAUGCACCACGGACGCGAUGGAUUUUGCGGCGCUGCGAGGACAUUUGAACGUCGUGACGUUUCUGCACUGCCAUCGGGCAGAAGGCGGGAGGUUCCUCGCCAUGGAUUUCGCAGCUGGCCAAGGCCACCUUGACGUUGUCAAGUACUUGCACACACACCGCCGUGAAGGCUGCUCGACGAUGGCCAUGGACGCCGCCGCCAGCAAUGGCCAUUUGGACGUUCUGGUGUUCCUCCACACACAUCGCCGCGAGGGGUUCACGAGCAAAGCCAUCGAAGGUGCCAAGAAGUACGGCCACCACGAUAUUGCGGCGUACUUGCAGAGCAUUUCCGCCGCUCGACUGGAAGCGCUGGUUGCCCCCCACGCACAAGUGACAGCAGCAUGA